CCCUCUCAAGGGAGGGACCCUUGGAGGCCACGCCCGCGCGCCUCGUCUGAGGCGGUCAGCUCAGACCAGGCGCCCGCCCCCGCUGGUUAAAUGGACCGGCGGGUCUCAACCCCCGGAAACAGGCAGGAACUCCAGGGCUGUGAGCGCGACGGGCGGCGGCGGCAAGGCGCAGAGAGCAUCAUGGCAGAGCAGGUGGCCCUGAGCCGGACCCAGGUGUGCGGGAUCCUGCGGGAAGAGCUGUACCAGGGUGAGGCCUUCCAUCAGUCCGAAACAUAUGUCUUCAUCAUCAUGGGUGCAUCGGGCGACCUGGCCAAGAAGAAGAUCUACCCCACCAUCUGGUGGCUGUUCCGGGAUGGUCUUCUACCCGAAAACACCUUCGUCGUGGGUUAUGCCCGCUCCCGCCUCACAGUGGCUGAUAUCCGCAAGCAGAGCGAGCCCUUCUUCAAAGCCGCCCCAGAGGAGAAGCCCAAGCUGGAAGAGUUCUUUUCCCGCAACUCCUACGUGGCUGGCCAGUAUGAUCACGCAGCCUCCUAUGAGCACCUCAAUAACCACGUGAACACCCUCUGCCAGGGAUCAGCAGCCAACCGCCUCUUCUACCUGGCCUUGCCCCCCACUGUCUAUGAGGCCGUCACCAAGAACAUCCGAGAGAUCUGCAUGAGCCAAACAGGCUGGAACCGUGUCAUUGUGGAGAAGCCCUUUGGGAGAGACCUGCAGAGCUCUGAUCGGCUGUCCAACCACAUCUCCUCCCUUUUCUGCGAGGACCAGAUCUACCGCAUCGACCACUACCUGGGCAAGGAGAUGGUCCAGAACCUCAUGGUGCUGAGGUUUGCCAACAGGAUCUUCGGUCCCAUCUGGAACAGGGAUAAUGUCGCCUGUGUCAUCCUCACCUUCAAGGAGCCCUUUGGUACUGAAGGUCGCGGGGGCUACUUUGAUGAAUUUGGGAUUAUCCGGGACGUGAUGCAGAACCACCUGCUGCAGAUGCUGUGUCUGGUGGCCAUGGAGAAGCCGGCCUCCACUGACUCGGACGAUGUCCGCGAUGAGAAGGUCAAGGUGUUGAAAUGUAUCGCAGAGGCAGAGUUGAAAAACGUGGUCUUGGGCCAGUAUGUGGGGAAUCCCAACGGAGAGGGUGAGGCCACCAAAGGGUACCUGGAUGACCCCACAGUGCCGCAUGGGUCCACCACUGCCACCUUCGCGGCUGUUGUCCUCUAUGUGGAGAACGAGAGGUGGGAUGGGGUACCCUUCAUCCUGCGCUGUGGCAAAGCUCUGAACGAGCGCAAGGCUGAGGUGCGUUUGCAGUUCCGCGAUGUGGCUGGAGACAUCUUCCAACAGCAGUGCAAGCGCAACGAGCUGGUGAUCCGUGUGCAGCCCAACGAGGCCGUGUACACCAAGAUGAUGACCAAGAAGCCUGGCAUGUUCUUUAACCCCGAGGAGUCAGAGCUGGACCUGACCUAUGGUAACAGAUACAAGAACGUGAAGCUCCCUGAUGCAUAUGAGCGCCUCAUCCUGGAUGUCUUCUGUGGGAGCCAGAUGCACUUUGUGCGCAGUGACGAGCUCCGGGAGGCCUGGCGGAUCUUCACACCGCUGCUGCACAAGAUCGAACAUGAGAAGCCCCAGCCCAUCCCCUACGUUUAUGGCAGCCGAGGCCCAGCGGAAGCAGAUGAGCUAAUGAAGAGAGUGGGUUUCCAGUACGAGGGUACCUACAAGUGGGUGAACCCUCACAAGCUCUAAGCACCAGGCCCUUCCCCACCGCCUGUCUGUCUCCGCCUUCCCCACCUCCCCACUGCCUGACCCCACAUCAUGAGGACUUUGGGACCAUAGGCCUCAACCUCACAUUCCUGGCCCCGGCCACAGCUACAUUCCUCAACCACCGACACUCGACACUCACACUGUGAUCAUCCCCGGCCACCGCUGGCCCUGCCUGAGACAGCCUCUGUCUACGGGACUGAGCCCCAGUGGAGGGAAGAAAAAGAGGGGCCCUUCCAUUUGUCCUAGGCUCCAGCCUGGGACAGGAGUUAGGGAUGAGGUGGAGGAUCAGUGGGACAGUGGCCGACCCACACCCCCACUGGCUAUGGGCAAGCUCCUCAGAACCUGGGGAAAGGGGGCAAAUGUGUCCACACCAGCCUCAGGGCCACUCUACAUUCCUGAUCUCCUGCUGGAGGGAACUUCCAUGCUGCCCAGCAAUCCCCCAUGUCUUGGGCCCCCUGAACGUCCCUCUGCCCCACCAGGCCAACUCUGCACUCCAUGACUCACCCCACCCAUGGGUCCCCCCGCUUGCUACUAGAAAAGCAGAAGCAGCAGGUGGGAUGCCCCACCUCAGCCCCCACCAUUAAAUGCACUGACAGACCCA